AUGAUUAAUUUUAGUCAAGACAUCAUUUUAAAGUAUAACAAUAUUUACUUGAAUGAAGUAUCUGAAGAAAUCUGUACAUGCACAACACUUUUCAAAUAUCUAGAAAAGGAUGAAAAUUGCAAGCAAGAUAGAACAAUCAGAUUAAAAAUAGAUGAGAUUAAAUUUGAGAUUCUCUAUAUUGAGGGUGCCAGUCCAAUAAUAAAAGGAAAAAAGCCCCAAGAAGAUGUGAAAAAACUUCAACAGCUAGUCAAAUUAAAUCUUGACAAAGUUUUCCAUAAUAUCCAGUAUCAUUAUGAGGAAAAAUGA